UUGGGAUUCUUCUGGGUUGUCCUGGUGCUAUACGGCUUUGUUGGAACGUUGUUUGCUUAUUGUGUUUCUUUGAUCACGGCGUCUCCACUCGCCGCCUUUGCUGCUACAGCUGGUUAUCAAGUCAUCAUGUUCGUGUUAUACCUUGCAGCAUACCUCCUCACUUUGACAUACGCAAAGACGUCUCAAGCAAAUCAGAUAAUUACGACUAUUCACUUCACAUUAUCUAUAUUGUCCCCGGUAGCGAGCGUGAUGCGUGCAUGUUUCAUAUCCAUCAAUCUUUUCUCCCUCCUCUGUGACGGUACACGACCUAUCACCACCGCGGACAUGGGUAAUAUCAUGAGAUACGGAGGUCCUAUACUCUAUCUCUUCAUCUACGGGUUCAUCCUCCUUGGCAUCCUUGUCUGGGUUGAUUCGGGAUCCACGAUUCGCCGCCUUAUCCCUGCUUUACGCACCCGCAAACGCAAGAUUGGUAUGGUGCCUCAGACAAAUCGAUCGCAAGGUUCCCUCGCGCAGUCCAGCAAAUCAGUGCCCAGCGAUGUGCUGGCGGAAGCACAAGCUGUAGAGAGUUCGAAUGAUGCGCUCCGGGUCUUACAUGUCGUAAAGUCCUUUGGCCAGACGAAGGUUCCCGUCGUGGACGACGUGAGCUUUGGGGUCUCCAAUGACACUGUGCUCGCUCUGUUGGGACCCAACGGGGCUGGAAAGACGACCACGUUUAAUAUGAUUCAUUCGUAUAAGGUCCUCUCGUGUGGAGACGUCACACCGGACUCCGGUGAUAUCAUGAUAACUGGUACAUCCGUGAUCCAACAUCCGCGCACUGCUCGUCUGUCGUUAGGCGUCUGUCCACAGUUCACUGCUAUAGACCCGCAGUUGACAGUGCAGGAACAUCUCGUAAUAUAUGGCCGAUUGAAAGGCCUCUAUAGAGGGCAAGAGCUCAGGCGUAACGUCGAUAUGCUUAUGCAGGCGACUGCACUAGACAUUUAUAGAGAUAGGCUGGCAAGCAAACUUAGCGGCGGGAAUCAGACAAAGCUAGCGUUGGCUAUUGCACUAAUGGGUAACCCGUCCGUGGUCCUCAUAGAUGAAUUCUCGACGGGUAUCGACGCUAAGAUGAAGAGAGAGAUGUGGGGCACUCUGCGCAAUGUGGCUGCAGGCAAAGCGGUGGUAAUCACUACACCGGUCGGUACUACGACGGACCUCGUGUCUCGUUUCGCUUCGUACGAGGUGCAUUUCUCCACUCGCUCGCGAGAAGAAGUCCUCAAGGCCAAAGAAUUGAUGACCCGUAUCGUGCCCGGGUCGAAGUUGAAGGAAGAUGUAGCCACCCGCUUCGAGGUACCCAUAAGGACCAGCAUGGAUGGUUCCGCUCAGACAGAUGCCGGUGACGAAGAGUAUUUGACGCUUGCCCGCCCCUUCCAUCUUCUCUCUUCACAAGGAGAUUUCUCCGAGUAUACUGUGGAGAGGGUGAGCUUGGAGAGUGUGUUCUUGAGAGUAAUCGGAGAGCAUGAGGUGAGAGAGGAGGAGGGUGACGGUGGAAGAGGGCCGUGGUGGAGAGCUAUAUUGAAGGUGUAG